GUCGUGGAAAGUACAAGUAGUGAUUAUCAUUGUACAAUUUAUAAAAAUGUGUGAACCGUACAUAGCAACUGAUAAAAAUGAGGUAGAAGAAUCAAAACUCAAGGUCAAAAUCAAAGAUAACAUCUUACUAGGUCCAGAAUAUCCAAUACAUAGAGAAUCAGUCAAUAUAGCUGAAACGAUUCUACAGACUCUAAAAAGCAAACCUGAUUGUAUCGGCCAGAUAGACGCUGUUACGGAUAAACAAACCACUUUUGCCGAAAUGAGUGAACGCAGUAUUAAAUGUGCACUUUGGUUGAAAAAGCAGGGUGUGAAAUCAGGCGACAUAAUUAGCGUUUGCACCGAUAAUAAUCUAGAUGCGAUUAUAGUAUUAUUAGGCAUCAUGUAUUUAAAUGGCAAAUGCAACACAUGGGAUCAUCAAUUCUCCUUAAUGACAGCACGAAACUUUCUCUCAAUGAUGUCACCAACAAUAAUUUUUACGAUUCCAUUAUCGGCCGCGAAUUUAACAGAAGCAGCAAAAGAGUUGAAAAUGAAUGUAAAAAUAGUGGUUUUUGGCAAGCUAGAUGGAUAUGAAUCAAUAGAUGAUAUUUUGAAGGGUCACAAUAAUCACGAAAUUUUCGAAUUCAAAUGUACUCCGAUCAGUAACCCGGACGAAGUUGGCAUUAUUGUUCUUACAUCAGGUACUACGGGUAUGCCAAAAUGUACUGAACUCUCGCAUUCUUCUAUACACAAUUGUUUACUUUCUGUAAAUAUUGUCGAAACGAAAGCUCACGUUUGCAUAUUUACACCGACAAUACGUUGGCAAUACGGCAUUAUGCUUGCAUUUAAGAACAUUUUAACAAAUUCAACCAGAAUUAUUGUACCAGACUGUGCGGUAGACGACAAUACGAGUAACAUGUACAAGUUCAUCAAGAAAUAUCGAGUAACGUGCCUUACUACUGAUCCAUUCAUUCUAAUCGAAAUGGUUAAAACCAAUAUAUUAGAGAAAUAUCAAUUGACAACAUUAAAGAUUAUUGUUACUACUGGUUCUAUUUUCUCAAGAGAAUAUCAAGAAGCAUUGAUUAAAAAAUUACCAAAUGCUUUAAUUAAGAACUCUUAUGGAUCUACCGAUGCAGGAGGUACACUUUCUAGUCAAAACAAGCACAGUAAACCGGGAUCUGUUGGUUUUCCUUUAUCUAAUGUUCAAAUAAAGGUGACGGAUAUACAAACCGAAGAGAUCUUGGGGAUUAAUAAAGUUGGAGAACUACGUAUUAAAGUUCCUUAUGUAAUGAACGGUUACUACAAGAAUCCCGAAGCUACCAAAAAAGCUUUCGAUUCUGAUGGUUGGUUACGCUCUGGCGAUUUAGGAUUUUAUGACAAUGACGGAGAAAUCUUCAUCACCGGCAGAAUAUCGGAUUUCAUUCUUUUCAGAGCGAUCAAUGUCUUGCCCACUGAAAUUGAAGCUGUUUUACAGACUCAUCCUGCGGUAUUCCAAGUGAAGGUAAUAGGAAUGCCUCAUGAAAUCGAUGAGCAGCAUCCAUUGGCUAUUGUCUCAAUCGUGCCAGGUAAAACGGUAACAGAGCAAGAGCUGAUCAGUUUAGUGGAAACGAAUCUGCCGGAUCACUGCAGAAUUCGGGCUGGUGUCAAAUUCGUAGAUGAAUUACCGCGUACAGCUACCGGCAAAAUUGCGAAAAGACAGUUGCAAAGUAUGUUCAUAAAUUAAAUUAUACAAUGCGUAAUAAAAGUUCUGGAAUGGCUAAUUAUCUCAGAGAAAGUAUUGGUUUAUUGAAAAAGUGUUUCAUACAAAAGUUGUAGGGCAACAAAUGUAUCAA